GCGACCGUCCUCUUCUGAUGGGGAAACCGCGCCUGCCCUCAAUCGCAGACGGACAGAGAGAGCGCGAACGAGGACGCGCGGGCUUCGCAGACAUUCUUCCUUCGUCAAUCUCCGUUGUUGCAUCUCAUCCUCUUCAUCAUCAUCUCAUCAUGGCGACGACCAACACCGUCCCUGUCACAUUCACAUAUCGCUCAACUAGCGCGAACAAAGUUGAGGUCUCGGGAGACUGGGACCAGUGGACCAACCGCGUCGAGCUGUCCAAGGUUGCCGGCGUACAGGAAGAUGGCCAGGACCUUUGGCAGGCUACCAAGCAGCUCCCUGCGCAGACCAAGAUUGCCUACAAGUACAUCCUCAAUGGCGAUGACUGGCAUGCUCGAGAAGAUAUUCCCACUGAGCAGGACGCUCAGGGCAACAAGAACAACUUCAUCACCACGCCUGAAAAGGAGCACGCUGCUACUGACGAGGAGCAAAAGGAGAAGACGACUGCCGAAGUCGUAGGAGCAGGCAUCACAUCCACCGUCGGCGCCGCCAUUGCGACUGUCGUCGGCACGGAUCCCUUUGCAGGCCACGAUCAGACCGUCAAGUCCGACACGGGCCUCACCGCCUCGUCGAAUGGAAAGCUCAACAGUGACGCAGAGAAGCAGUCUGCUCUCCUCGACUCAGGUGCAGGCGCUCCAGCAGGAGCCGCCGCGGCCGGUUCCUCCGGUCCCGUCCCCACUGAGCAACUCUCCAACCUCGGCCUCGCUGAUGGCAAGAACCCUGCCGACGCUGGGGCUGCCGCGAUUGCCGCUGCCGCCGCCGGUACCACGGGCGCUGUUGCUGCCGGGCAGUCGACAGGGGAGGGCGCCAUCAAUCCUUCCUCGCUCGAGACCGUGCAGAAGUCAGCCGAUUCGACGAAUGUGCCUGCUGGUACGAUGAGCGCUGCUCCCGUUCAGAAGCAAGGCAUUCUCGACCAACAGGAGGCCGUCAAGGGCUUGGAUGCUGGGGCCUCGGGCGACGCUCCUUCCACCGGUUCGACGGUCGAUGGCGCUGCCUCAACCACAGCCGGUGAGGCUGGCAAAGGUCUAGUUGCGGGUGCUGCGGGGGUGGGCGCUACCGUAGCUGGGGGAGCUGCCAUUGCCGCUGCAGCAGCUACGCAGAAGGCGCAGCAGGCCAAGCAGGUAGUCGACGAGAAGAUGCAGGCGAACGGACAGAAUAGCGCAGAUUCGGGAAGCGCGACCACGCCCGCGAGCAAGGAAACUACCCCUGCCUCCGGCAUUGCAGCCGGUGUCGGCACCGGCGCAGCUACUGCCGCUGCUGCUGGCGGCACGGCUGUCGUCACCUCCAAGGAGAAGCUCAAGCCCAGCGAGACUGAGGCGAAGCAAGAGCAGCUAUCUUCCGGCCCUACGUCCACCGCUACCAAGGGACCUGCCACUGCUGCUGCUACAUCUCAGGCUUCGAGCGCCACCACGCCGGCUGGUCCAUCCAGCAACGUCGCGAAGGAGGCCUCAGCGGCUGCGGCUGGAGGCGCAGGUGCUGCUGCCGCCCCACCUGCCGCACACAAGCCGACCGAGACCGAGAAAAAGCAGGAGCAGCUCUCAUCCGGUCCUGCGGCUGCGGCUACUAAACAGCAGCCCCUCGUUGCGCCCAAGGAUGAGGUCAACGCAUCUCCGUCGCCCGCCACUGCCCACGACAACGGCAGCGCCAACAAGAACUCCACUGCAGCUCCCACCGCCGCUGCAGCUGCGGUAGGUGCCGGUGCCGGACCUGGUGCUGGAGUCGCAUCCGCUCCCAAAGCUGCAGCUCCUACCAAGCCCAGCGAGACCCAGCUCAAGCAAGAACAGCUGUCCUCCGGUCCCGCAGCCACGGGUACUACCGCGCCCGCAGCAGCCCCUGCUCUUGCCAACCAGCAGCAGCAGAUGGGUGCAUCGUCUAACACCGCUCCUACCACUGCUGCUGCCUCUGACUACUCCAGCUCCUCUACAAAGCGCGGUUCCCGCUUCGGCACCUCCCGCAACAAGAGCAAUAAGGGCACUACCACACCGCCCACGGGCGGCGACUUUAGUCAGUCAGCAAGCGCCUCUGCCUCGCCCGCUGCAUUCCCCGCCACCGGAGCUUCGACAGACUCUACACCUGAGCGCAAGAGUCUCGAGAGGUCCAGGAAGAAGAGCGGCUUCUUCACGAGGAUCAAGGAGAAGCUGAGUAGCCCUGCGAAGGGUAAGGAGUAGAGGGCUGGCGGCGAUGACGCAUCCGCUCUCUCGAACGGGAUCGAUUACCUCAAGGGCAGAUUCUUCGGCCUCGAACAGUCUUGAUACCACUUCCUCGAUUACCAUCUUAUUCUUGCUGCUCCAUGGAUGACCCAUAUUUCGCGGCACCUCGACGGAACUCCGUCUUUUUUUUCCCUCGUCACCCAAAUCCGGCUCGGCCUGAUAGCCUCUCGCAUCUGUGUGUCGUAUCGCUGCACCAUUGCAAUGUGCACAUCAUUUGUCUG